AUGGUCUUUAUAAAUAUUUAUAACAAUAUCAUUAUAAAGAAAAUUCAAAAUUUAUAUGUAUUAUUCUUUAUUACCAAAAUUAAUCUUUUAAGAGCCUUUAAUUUAUUAUUAGUCUCUAACUUAGUAGCAUUUAUAUACAAUGUUAAGGAAUUUUGCAGAAAUGGGUUCGAAAAGUUAGAAUCUUAUGUGAAAAAUCAUAAAGUAGAAAAAUUUUUUAGUAGAGGAUUAUUCAAAGAUUAUCCUUCUUUAGAGCAUUCAUUACAUUUAAAAAUGUUAAGAGACCCUGAUAUUUUAAGUAAUAUGCAAAAUUUCCUUUCGAUUAUUUAUGAACAAUUUAGCCAAGGAGGAAUAACAUUACCAUUUUCUAAUUUGAUUAGUAUAUAUCAUAGAAUAGAUGAAUGUGAUUUUAUGCAACGAUAUUAUUCAUCAGAUGAAGGAAUAGAAAAUUUUAAACGUAUUUUAUAUAUUCAGAAAUCCUUUCUUGAUGAAUUCUCGGAUUUAUACAAUGGAGUCAUCAAUAUACAUAAUGGAGAAGGUGAAACUACAAUAAUAUUCAUCGAUGGAAUGCUAGAUGGAAUGAAAACGAAAAUAAGAACUAUACUUGAUGUAAAAUUUAGAUUAUUUGGUGAUUUCGAUCUAAAAUAUGAAGAACUUGAUAACUUAGAAAAUUUGGUGAAACAAUCCAUUGAUAGUGCUAUGCGUAUUGAUAAACUGAAUUUACUAAAAUCUAAAAAAAAAAUAGAUACCACAAAAGCUAUUUCUAUGAUAGAAGAUUUAGUAUUUGAUAAAUUGAAGAGAUAUAUAUCUACUAAUAAAUAUGAUAAAGAAACUAUUUGCAAUAAUAACAGGAUUAUAAUAAAAGAAAUUCAUAAUACUAGUUUAAAUAUAUUGCCUAAAAUGGCAUUUGAACAAUUUAAAUAUGUAUAUCUUAGGUUAUUAAGAUGUGUUACUAAUUUAAGUCAUGAAUAG